AUGGGUUACUGGUCGGAGACGCGGGCCUGGGUCUUCCGUGAUCCAGCCAAGCUCAUCCGCUACCUGGUGCUCUUCGCCUGCUGCAUUGUGGUCAUUGUCCAGCUGUACGAGUGCUUCGCCAAGCUCUACAACCCACCCAUCUCCACCCAUUCCUACUACAACCUGAACGAAACCAUCGAAAUGCCCGCGGUCACCAUAUGUCGGGAACCGCCCUAUAAGGAGGACGUGCUAACGCGCCUUUCCGGCGGUGCUUGUCCCCAUCCAAAAUAUGCAACCUGCUGGAUGAAAUUUCCGUUUGGAGAAAUAUCCCUGGAUGAGUUCUUUGAAAACAGUACACAUGACUUGGAGGAUACUUUUGUGUUUUACGGACUAAACGAAGACAAAAACAACGUGGUCAUGAACAGCAGUCUGCACUUUUACAUGGGUCGCUGCUUCACCCUCAGACCCAAGGAAUCCGCCAAAAGAGUAUCGAAGGAUGUAGGUUAUUCCAUAAUGCUAGAACAUUCCAUGCUGACCACUUCCACCAGCGAUGUGGACACAGGUGGUGUCGGGUGGCAUGUCUUCAUACACGAUAAGAAAGAGAAUUUCACAGAAAUCAAUAUGAAGGGCUCCGGUCGAGUGGAGUAUGUGUUUGUCAGUGUCAAUGAGGAAAUCGAGAUCAAGCUCCAAACCCAAUACUUCUCCAAUGUGCAGACCAGAGAAGAGGCGUGUUCCGAAGAUGAGGAUUACAGUGACCUAAAGUGUGGGGAACAAUGCAUCUGGCAGGAUUUAGCAGAUAAUAUGCAGUGUUCGGGACCCUGGAUGCAUGAAAUUGCCAGUGAGCCCUGCAAUGACUCAAUUUCCAUGAGAAAACUGAUAUCGGACUAUAAAGAUGUUUAUGAAAAUGAGGACGACUUUGACUGCGACUGUAUUCAGCCCUGCCAAUCGAGAAUAUACACAACCUUCAUUCAGAACCGCAAGGCCUUCAACCAACCAGAGCCCCGCACCCAAAUCUACAUAUACUACACAACCAAACUGAUAUCGAUGAUUGAAGAGCGUCCCAGCUAUGACACCACACAAUUCAUAGCCGAUGUGGGUGGCUCUCUUGGAUUUCUACUUGGCUUGUCUGUCCUGGGGUUGAUUGGAAUACUGGAACACAUGACUCUCUUUUUCUGUGGCGGAUUCAUCAAGAAGAUGCAGCAGAAGGAGCAGGCGAAGCUAGCGGCUAACUCCGAGGAUGGUGAGUCCCAAGCCAGCGAUGAGACCAUCGACAUAGCCAUUGCUUAUAAAAAGAAGGAAAAGCAACCCAAGUAUUGA